CGCUACGAAUCAAAGAACAGAUAACUAUGGUGGUUCUAUUGAAAAGCGUGCAAGAAUUGUGCUUGAAAUUAUUGACCUCUUAAGUGACACAAUCGGCGCUGAAAAGCUUGCAAUCAGAUUGUCUCCUUGGGCCAAAUUCCAAGGAAUGAAAGCUGAACAAGAUACUGUGCAUCCUAUUACGACAUUUAGUUAUAUUGUAAAUGAGCUUCAGAAGCGUGCAAACAAUGGUAAGCAGCUUGUUUAUCUUUCCCUUGUGGAACCUAGGGUCCAAGGGAUUUUUGAUGUCAACGCAUCUGACAUUGUUGGUUCCAACGACUUUAUCAAGAAAUUGUGGAAAGGAGCCAUUUUGCAUAGUGGUAAUUAUACUUAUGACAGUCCUGAGUUUAAGUUAUUGAAGGCUGAUGUUAAUAUUGACGACCGUACUAUGAUUGGAUUUUCGAGAUAUUUUACAUCAAAUCCAGAUUUGAUUGAGAGAUUGAGGAAAGGUCUUGAGCUUACUCCUUACGUUCGUUCUUUGUUCUAUGCUACUAACAACAAUGGUUAUAACACUUUCCCAAAUUAUGGCAAGGAAUUGCAGUUUGACCCCAAAGCAGAAGAAAAGAGACGUCCUGUUUCUUUGAUCUGAAAUUCGAUUUAUGACGAAUGUUGAAAGGCUAAUAAAUAUCGGUUUGAGUAGUAUGGUAAUAAAUGUUGCCUUUCGAUUCUUAAUGCUUUACAUAGAUAGAUAGAAAGUUAUGCUAAGCUACCGCGCAAACUGUGGUAACCAUUAUAUUCUGCUUUCGUAGUAAAGUCAACUGGUUGGCGAAUGAUUUUUAAAUGAAACCUUAAUGUUAUGCUUUUGGAAGAGA